AACAAAUCUUCCACUGUUAAAUGAACAACAGAAGUAUGUAUUUGAAACUCUUAUGAAAGUAACAAAUGAUGAAACUGGAGGGAUUUACUUCUUAGAUGCACCUGGUGGUACAGGAAAAACUUUUUUGAUUUCAUUAAUAUUAGCAACAAUUCGCUCACAAAAUAAAAUUGCACUUGCACUCGCUUCGUCGGGAAUCGCAGCAACUUUGCUUGAAGGUGGUCGAACAGCCCAUUCAGCACUAAAAUUGCCAUUAAAUAUGCAUAGCAAUGAAACUCCAACCUGCAACGUUUCGAAGAACUCUGCAAUGGCAAAGGUUUUGCAGCAAUGUAAAUUGAUUGUUUGGGAUGAAUGCACGAUGGCACAUAAAAAAUCUUUGGAGGCUUUGGACAGAACCUUAAAAGAUCUACGGAGCAAUAAUAACCGAUUUGGUGGUGCAAUGAUUUUAUUAGCAGGAGAUUUUCGUCAAACAUUGCCGGUGAUUCCACGAUCAACGCCAGCUGAUGAACUCAAUGCAUGUCUAAAGUCCUCCAGUUUGUGGAAACAUGUCAAAGUACUUCAUUUAAGCAAGAAUAUGCGUGUCGAGUUGCAAAAUGACCAAUCUGGAAACAUAUUCUCUAAACAACUCAUUGACAUUGGUAAUGGCAAAUUUCCUAUAGACAUGUUGACUGGCUGCAUUAACUUUCCUCUAAGUUUUUGUCAGUUAACUCGAUCAAAAGAUGAACUUAUUCAGAAGGUGUUUCCAGAUGUUUCUCAAAAUUACAGAAACCAUGAUUGGUUGAGCGAACGAGCUAUACUGGCUGCAAAAAACAUAGAUGUAAAUGAAUUAAAUUUCAAAAUUCAAGAACAAAUUACAGGCGAAUUGAUGAUAUAUAAAUCAGUUGAUUCGGCUACUAAUCAAGAUGAUGUAGUCAACUAUCCACCGGAAUUUUUAAACUCGCUGGAUUUGCCAGGAUUGCCACCUCACAAUCUUCAAUUAAAGGUUGGAUCGGUGGUUAUAAUGUUGCGAAAUAUCAACCAACCGCGUCUUUGCAACGGUACACGGUUAGCGAUAAAAAAAUUACUAAACAAUGUGAUAGAAGCAACUAUACUCAAAGGAAAGUAUAAAGGAGAAGAUGUUCUCAUACCGCGCAUCCCAAUGAUUCCGACUGAUGUGCCAUUUGAGUUUAAACGACUACAGUUUCCAGUGCGUCUUGCUUUUGCUAUGACUAUAAACAAGUCCCAGGGGCAAUCAUUAAGUGUUUGUGGUAUUAAUCUAGAAAACCCAUGUUUCUCACAUGGUCAAUUGUAUGUUGCCUGUUCCCGUGUUGGAAAACCAUCAGAUUUGUUUAUCUAUGCGCCAGGUAAUCAAACAAGAAACAUCGUAUACCACAAAGUACUACAAUGAUAAUAAUAAUAAUUAUGAUUCACAUGAUUAACAAUAA